AGUGCUAAUGCGUAUAUUGUUAAUCUUAUUUUUUCACCUACAUACAUUGUGAUUUUUUCCAAUUGCACUAUAACUGAUCAGAAAUUAUUAUAGCAUUGUGACACAAGUAUACUACUAUUAGCGAAUGUAAAAUUUAGCAGCAUCUUUUUUUUCAAACAAUCAAACAAUCCUGAGCAGCAGAGCAAUAGGUUGGAAAAGGCGAAGAAAGAAGAGAAGGAGAAGUGGAGAACGGCCAUGAUGGGCGAUCUGCUCUCAUGGCUUCUUGCCUUCUUCCUUCUCGUUGCCGUUCUCGCCGCCGUUCUCUACCAGGUCAUGUGCUUGGCGGACCUUGAAAAUGAUUAUAUCAACCCUUAUGAUUCAGCAUCCGAGAUUAACAGACUUGUGGUUCCGGAGUUUGUUCUACAAGGAGCACUAUGCUUCGUACAUCUUGUGAUGGGGCAUUGGUUUAUGUGCCUGAUCUGUCUCCCAUACUUAUAUUAUGAUGUCAAAGUCUAUACUGAUCGUCGCCACUUGCUAGAUGUAACUGAGAUUUUCAAUCAGCUACCAUGGGAGAAGAAGAUUCGAUUGUAUAAGCUUGGAUACCUUGGGAUACUCCUUGUCUUUUCUAUAAUCAGUAUGGUCUGGAGCAUCGUGGCCGAAUGAAGAAUGAGGAAUUGCUGCUCUCACCAAGGUUCUCUAGUUCCUCUAUCUGUGAUAUGGCUCUGUAAAUUUGCACAAGAAAAAAGAUGGAGGACAUCAACUUGGCCUACAUUUGAUGAAUUUAUGAAAAUGAGAUACUUUGGGCACUUGUAUGUUGGAGCUGGCUUCUGUUGGUUUUCUCAGUAAUGAUGCCAUUGUUGCUGAGAAUGAUGCUGAUUGAUGGGCUGCAGAAUUAUUCCAAUUUAAGGAAAGGAGUUUGGUUGUCCUCAACUUGGGAAAACAUAUUGACGUUGAUUAUUAAGAUAUUAUUAUCACUACCAUUGAUGCUAUUUAUCUUUAUUUUUUAUUUUUUUUAAUAAUGAAGUGCUUAUCUAAUUACUUAAGAUAUAAGCAUAGGUCAAAUUAGUCAUUUCAAUUACUUCCUCGUAGAAAAGAAUAGUCUUUUCAGUUAAUUAGAAAUAGAGUUCAGGUUCAGUUGUAAGUAAGUUCUAUCAUGGACAUGAAUAAUAUUUGAUAAAUUGAUAUCUUUUUAUCCCUUUC